UCCGGACAUUGAAAAUGAAAGCUGUUUAUGGCUCGUGGAAACUUGCUAUGCUCAUUUCAACCAUAAAUAUAUGUUGUAACUCGAGUUAUGAAUUGAGCGAGCCGCAGGUAUGCACAUUGUGUGGUGGGACGAUGCUAAACAGCUCCGAGGUGGGUCAUUUUUGCUGGCAAUCCGCUGGACACAUUGACGGACGUUGCUGCUGGAGAAAGAACAACACAAGUGAUCGUGAACGCAUCAUCGGAUUAGAUCUCUCCAAUUGUGCCCUAACUUUUGUGGAUGAUCUCAAAGAAGCAUCAACUGCCAUAAUAAUAGACCUUUCACUCAAUCACAUUGUCAACAUGAGCGACACAGCAUUUCAAGGCUACACUGAGCUCAAUUACAUGAUUCUGCCACCAGACCUUGAUUGUCCUGGUGGCAACGCAUCUUGGGAAAGUGUUGGGGUCAAUAAGGGAAACCGUUUGUGUGAAGGUCAAAAAACUAUGUGCGACCAGACCGGCCAGCUGUCCAUGCUCUGCCCGGAGAACUCCCUCUGUUCCCCCUACGGUCCCGGCUUCUUCCAGUGCCGCUGUGCCGGAAACUACUACGGAUACAAGUGUCUUCGAGAGGGAGAGUUCCCGGCUGUGCAGGUGUUUUGGCGUCUGGCGGUUGUCACCGUCGUCCUCGCAGCGUUUCUGUGGGUCACCCAAAGACGGAAAGCCAAGCCGCUCUGAGGCCGAGCUGGACACUCGAUGAAAGAGACUCUUCUGAAUGUGAAAAUGUGGAGUCCACAGCACUCCGGGCUUCUCCCGCAGUAUUUAAAAGAUUACACACCUUUUCACGGGGCAGCUGCGGUUUAAGGGAGUAUGCUUUUUAUAAACUGAAUUUAUUCAACAGUAUUGAUGCAAUUUUAGAGAGAUUUGAUCCAAGUUUUUUUUUUUAUUAGAAAUGAUCACUGACUGCAUUUUGAAGCAAAGCUGACAAAACAAAUUUAAAACACUGGAUGAAGGGAAUAUUUUAGCCUUGCUGGGGCCUUUACGGCCAAACGCAUCGAAUGUGUACAAGUUUACGUGAUUAGUCGUUUGACGUCCUGAGGCACAGUUGAAAAGCAGUUUAUUGCACGUUGAAAAUAUGCUGUACAGACUGCAAUGGUCAAGUCACUUUUCAUACCGAAGCCAUUAUCUCAUGCUGCACUGAGCUUUGGUGUCUGUACUGCAUUGUAAUUUUAAUAACAUGACUGCAGGGUUUGUUUUUUGGUGGCAAUAACUACUUUACCCCCCACCCCCCCAUUUUUCAGAUAGAUGAUCAGGGACACGUUAAUGAAAGCAUGCCUUUGAGUUCCAUUUUCAGUUAUUUUGAUAUUUCACCUGGAUUUUGUUGAAGACGAAACGUGCGAUGCUGUACAGCUCGAUCCCAACAUUUAGAAAAUCACAAUUUUGUGUUGUUUCUCGUUUGUUGGUCACAAGUGCUGAAUAUAUUGCUGUUACCGGUCAGCUUGUUUUUAUGUUGAAUUUUCAUGACUUUAUAGCUUCUAAUAAAGAUUUGAAAACACUG